UAAUUUUUUGUUAGGGUCAUAGGAAAAAAUUGUUACUGGGUAAUCUAUAAAACGUUUUUAGUAGCCGAUUUUUGGUACGAAUUAAGAUUUAACAUUUUAUAAAUUUUAUUGUCUCGAUAAGGUAGCGCUGUGCUGAUUGGUGUUUCCACUCCAACAAUGAAACAUGAAACGGUAAAUUACAUUAGACAAAUGUCUAAUCGUAGUAAAAAACACUAUUAUAUUAAGAAAAUGACCAGUGACGAAAUGUCAUGCACUGACGCGUCAAAAUUGAAAAGUAUUUGCUUGCAAUUAUCAAAACCUGCUUCCUGUUGGCUUUAUAAGUGCCCAAGACAAAGUUUCUUAUAAGACAACCUGCAUAUAACAACGGUGAACAUUCAGAACUUGUCGAUCGAAGAGACAGUUUCAGUGGAAAAGUAGAAACUGUGUUGUGACUUCAUGUAGUUGAUUCUUUAAAAUGAAAAAUUUAAACAUCGUCUUUGUGGUAAAUAUUGUAAGACUUCUGAUUUUUAUCAAUCCGACAAAAUGUGUUUUAAACGAGCAACAGCUUAAAAAUUUGUUAGCUAAUGAAUAUGAAAAGGCCGCAUCAGCGAUUUGCACAAAAGUGAAUGAAGCUGAAUGGAAUUACGAAACUGACAUAAAUAAUCAUGAAAAGGAACAAAUUGUGCUCAAUGCAACAUUACAAUCAGCGGGUUUGCUUAAAAAAUACUGGAAUACAUAUUUCAAAGACCUCAAGCCUGAAGAUUUCCAUGAUCCCCAAAUCAAAAGACAAGUUAAAGACUUAAAACUUCUGGGUGACAGUGCACUCGAUGAAAAAAAAUUGACAGAAUUUACUAAAACUGUCAAUGCAAUGACGAAUAUUUACAGUACGGCAAAAAUUUGCCCAUAUAAGGACCAACAAUGCGAUUUGACCAAAUCUGGAUUGUCGUUAGAACCAGGAAUUGAAGCUGUUAUGACAAAAUCUACCGAUUAUGACGAAUUAUUGUACGUUUGGAAGGCUUGGAGGGAUGCUUCAGGUGCCAAGAUGAGGAACUUGUAUAAAACUUACGUUGAUUUAUCCAACGAAGCCGCUCUUGCAAACAAUUUCAAGGACAAGGGAGAAGUAUGGAGAUACGGUUACGAGUCCGAAACAUUCAUUCAAGACAUAGACGAGCUUUGGACUCAAGUUGAACCAUUCUAUGUGGAAUUGCAUAAAUUUGUUGGCGCUAAACUGAAAGAACGUUUUGGUGAAAAAUUAGACAAUAGUGAUGGUCUUCUCCCCGCUCAUAUAUUCGGCAAUAUGUGGGCCCAAGAAUGGAAUAACAUAGCCCAACUCGUUAAACCAUUCCCAAAUGCCAGUAAAAUCGACGUAGAUAAGGCCUUAGCUGAGCAAAAAUACACAGUUUUGGACUUGUUUCAAACUUCUAAUAACUUUUACAAAUCUUUAGGACUAAUACCUAACGAUAUUUGUUACAACACUAGUGCUGGAGCUAUGAUUGAAAAGCCAACCGAUGGCAGAGAAGUCCUUUGCCAUGCCAGUGCUUGGGAUUUCUGUGAUGGAAAGAACUACAGAAUUAAAAUGUGUACAGAAGUCAAUUUUGAAGACUUUAUCACUAUCCACCACGAGAUGGGACAUAUUCAAUAUUUCCUCCAGUAUGCCAAACAGCCCAUCACUUUCCGUGAAGGGGCCAACCCAGGGUUCCACGAAGCCAUCGGUGAUACCAUCGCCUUGUCUGUAUCAACACCCAAACAUUUGGAAAAAAUCAAACUUCUUAAAAACUAUCGCGACAAUUAUGAAUCUUCUAUCAACACACUGAUGGACAUGGCGUUGCAAAAAAUCGCGUUUUUGCCCUUUGGACUUCUCAUUGAUAAGUGGAGAUGGGAUGUUUUCAGUGGAGCGGUCAAACAAGACCAAUGGAAUUCCCACUGGUGGGAAUACAGGAAAAGGUACCAAAAAAUCAAACCACCGGUACCAAGGAGUGAAAACGAUUUUGAUCCCGGUGCCAAAUACCACGUGGCAGGAAACUCCGAAUACAUAGCUUAUUUUGUUGCCCAUAUUCUUCAGUUUCAAUUUUACAAAAGUUUGUGUAUUGAAGCUGGUGAAUAUAAUCCAAAUAAUAAAGAUGUACCUUUACAUAACUGCGAUUUUUACGAAUCUAAAGCAGCGGGGGACAAAUUAAGGAAAGGCUUGUCGCUUGGUUCUAGCAAACACUGGAGUGAUGUCUUAGAAGUGAUGACCGGAAGUAAGAAAUUGGAUGCAUCGGCUGUUUUGGAGUAUUUCGAACCUUUGUAUAAGUUUUUGAAAGAGAAAAAUUCAAAAUAGCAAAACUGUAUUAAUUUCAAGUCUCUUAAAUAAAGUGUAGUAACAAA